GUACUUCACUUAAAAAUGCAUGUAAACUGUUAUUUCUGGAUGAUCUUUUUUCAUCAAUGAAUUUGAUAUAGCAAGAAUCUUAAUAAAAAAUAAAAUAAAAUAAAAUAAAGUUCUCUCUAGUAAUCUUAAGUACUUGAAAAGUUCUAUUAAUUUCAUUGUAGUUCAAAAUUAAGAUAUGAAAAUUUAAUGAUAAUAAUUUGCAUUCAAACUCUUUAGUAAAAAGGAAACUUGAAAUACAUUCAAAUGUUGAGUAUUUGAUUUAAAUACAAAUAUGAAUGAUAUUUACCAAUAUUAGGGUUUAUAAUAUAAAUAAUUUAUGAAAUGUUGAAUUUUGAGAAAUGUGGUGAAGAUGCUCAAGUAGAAUCUUUUACUUUCACUUCAAUAUUGAGUAUUAAUAAUAAUAAUAUAUUACAUGAAUUUCAUUGCAAUUCAAAAUAAUUUGUUCACUCAAUGCCGUUAUUUCAACAUUCUGAAAAGUUUUGAAAAUUUGCAUACAUUGACUAAUUAAAUUUUGAUAAACCUAAUGUUAGAGCAUUUCAAAAUGAUCACAUAGCUUUUGAUUUUAUUAUUGAAGGGAUUGUGUUUCAAAAUUGAGUUACAAAAGUAUCACACUUGUUCAAUAUUGGAAUUUUAAUCAAAACAUGGAAAACGUUUCCAAUGCUGUCUCUAAUGCUGUUCUUGAGAAUGACGGAUUUCCCUGCAUCGUCUUUGAUUGCUCUAAAAAUGAAUUGUAUACACCAAGCCAAGGGUACAGGCAAAUGGUGAAAAAACUGAGAAAUACAUCUAAAAUUGUGGUUAAUAAGAAGGAAAUCACAUAUGAACUUCUUCAAAAAACCAAUGUUAUUGUUUUUGGUUGCCCAAAAGAAGAUUUUACAAAUACCGAGGUUGAAAAUGUGAAAAGAUUCAUUAAUGAAGGAGGUGCUAUGUUGUUUUUGGGAAAAGAAAGUUAUGUUGUUAAAAAGAAUAAAAGCUUUGAUAUAUUAUUGGAAGAUUAUGGUGUGACAAUAAAUUUGGACUGUGUUGUUCAACCAAUACAAGAGAAAUAUUUGCAUCCCAAAGAGGUUUUCAUAUCAGAUGGAAUCUUGAGCAAAAGCAUAACAAAUGUUCCAAAUAAGGAUUCAAAGUGCGUGCACAAGAGUAUCAGCACAAACCACACAACAAAGCUGCAGCUGCGGUGGAAUGAGGAAGAGGAGUUCGAAGGAGGGAUGGGGAGCAGCAGCAGCAACGAGCGGGGGGAGAUGCACAUCGUCUAUCCUUACGGCGCUACUUUGUCAGUGCAGCGUCCUGCAGCUCCCAUUCUGUCCUCUGGCGUUUUAGCCAUUCCGAUUCACCGUCCUCUAGGUGCGAUUUCUUGCGGUGCGAGGAAAUUAGGAAAGGUAGCAGUGAUCGGCAGCGCCGCCAUGUUUGACGAUGCUUGGUUGGAUAAAGAGGAUAACGCCAAGCUGUUGGAAUUUCUCUUUUCUUGGCUGAUCAACAAAACCAAACUAGAGGUGGACGAAAUCAGCAUGGAUGAAGUGGAAACCAAUGAUGUUUUGUGUGUUCCUGACACGCAAGCUUUAGCAAACCGACUUCGAUGUUGCUUGCAGGAAUCAGAAGAACUGCCUAAGGAUUGUUCAAAACUUCUGGAUGAGAAGCUCUUUGAGUAUCAUACGAAUUUGAUUCCAAAUGUCAAAUCAUUGUACAAGCAGCUUGGAGUCAAGCAUGCCCCUCUAACACUUAUUACUCCUCAGUUCGAGGUGCCGAUGCCGCCUCUACAACCGGCAGUGUUUCCACCUGCAUUAAGAGAUCCUCCUCCUCCAGCGCUCGAUCUUUUUGAUCUAGACGAUUGCUUUGCCUCACCCUUCGUUCGCCUUGCACAACUCACCAAUAAGUGUAAAAGUGCAAACAACGAGAAUGUACAAUUUUACAUCACAGAAGCGGCAUCCAUUCUCGGUAUAACUCCCAAGGUUGUGGGAGUGGCAGAGAAUUCGAGAGAUCUGCCAAAGGCAUUAAUGGCUUACAUAUGUCAUGAGCUAGGCAAAUUCAAAAGACCAAAUAUGGACUUGGACCAGCGCCAUUGCAUCUCUCCUACAGUUGACCUUGACCUUCAUUGAAUGUGCUUUGCAUCUCAAAAUCUUUAACUGUUUAAGGAAUGUAGGUUUAAGGUAGCCAACCCAUUGUCAACCACUUCCAUUUCCAACCUAUGUGGUGGAGUAUUUUUGGUAGUUUUGACAACCUAUUGUCAACAAACUCUGACAUUUGUUGGUUGGAAAUAGGUGGGGGUUGGUUAAAAUGAUGUUAAGCUAAUAUUGGAAAUAGAUUGGGGUGGUUAAAAUGAUAUUAAGUUGUGAGUAAUAAAUAAAAUUCAUAGUACAUCUUAUAUUUA